AGACCCCAGUUCUCUUCCUCUCAUUUUGCUAUCGUACUCGUACAAUCUUCCGAGUCACAAUGUCCAUAGUACUACACCGAAGAGGAGGCUUGGACCUCACGAACAGGUGGGAAGAUAACAAAUGUCUUCACCAUAGAUUGGAGCAACGAACUUACCAAGACCAUUUGCAUCUCAACAGGGUUCAAGACAAUGCAAGUAGUCGUAGGUAAGACGGUCUACAAACCUGGAGAUGUUACUUACAAGAUAUAUACGGCUGUCAACGGAGAACGCCGAAAGAUGGAACUGCCACCUUAUGCUAUUGCAGAUACGGAGAGAGUAUCUGAACUGGGCCGGACAGCAAUGCCGAUCAUAUAAAGACUUGGUAUCUUUAAUCCAAGAGCAUGGUGGCGACAAUACUUCACAGGCACUGAAAUUGCUUCUCUCCUAUGAACAUGCCAGAUGUAACAUCGUUGGCGAAGCUACCCUCGGAAUCGACCCCAUUCCCCGCGACACCCAGACCAUGCCGGGCAGCGUACCUGUGCCUCGAUUGAUUGUUGCCCAGUGGGAUACUCUCAGCACCAAAAUCUCGGACCAGUGGGCCCAACAACUAUUCCAAUGUCCAGAUGGACUUGUAUACAAGCUGCUGAUGUCUCAGGAACCCACAAAGAUCCACGCCGGUUAUAUCGCGUUGCAUGUUUUGACAGACGGAAGCUUGUGGGUUGUAGAGGAUCAACACAGACGCGGUAAAGAACACUCGACAGAGGGACACCCCGCCCCCGAAGCCAUCAAUACGAUCGAGGAUGGCCUGAAUGAGCUAUUAUUUGUCUUCGCUACUUCGUGUAAGAAGGUGGGAUUCGAGGCUGUCUAUAGGGGGUUGAGCCAGACAUGGCAAAAAAUAUCAUGACAAGCUGAUGAGCUGACCCUGAAUACAGUGACGCGUCUCUAGAUUGGCUUCCAUCGCUGAAGAAACUUUGCGAGACUGAGUGGAAACGACGAAGCUUCUCAAAGAAGGAGUGACCACCAAGUAUCAAGCAAGGGGAUCUGCCUUGUAACGAAAGUACGAGCAU